CGGUGGAACCAGAUUAGUAUAGUCAGUGGAGGCAGGCUGACGAGGUCAAGCGUGGACCGACGGUGAACCAGGUAUACUACAGUUGUCAGCACAUUCCGCUGCAGCCUUCUUGAGAAGUUAUUACACAAAGCUAGUUGUUUGAUAAAACUUCACCAUUUCCAUGUGACAACCAUUUAACAGUGAAAUUAUAGUUUGAAAAUUGCUCACAAAAAGUGAGAAAGAUAGGAUGCGUCAGUGUGGUAAUCAUACAGACCCACGCUAAACUCCCGCAGCAAGGAGAGACAUCUUCAGUCGCCGAGAGGUAUCUCCGCAGUUAUAGGUUGUAAAACCAUGCUGCAGUGGGUAUCAGUGUUUGUGGUGGCAGCCACCACUCUGAACUUCAUGGAUACUGUGAACAGUUGCAAUGAAGCAGUGUGUGCUAGUGUUGUGAGCAAGUGCAUGCUGACACAGUCCUGCAAGUGCGACCUCAAGAACUGUUCUUGCUGCAAAGAGUGUUACUCCUGCCUUGGGGAUCUUUACAGUGAAUGCUGUUCAUGUGUAGACAUGUGCCCCAAGCCUAAUGACACAGGCAGCUCUCUGGGAAAGAAAAGCCAUGUGGAAGGAUUUACUGAUCCUGUUCCAGCAUUGUUUUCUGCGCUCAUGUCUGAUGCUGACCCUCAAGAGCGGUGGAUCACCUUCACUUUUCCUGUUGACUUUUAUAUGGACUCUUAUCGGCCAAAGUUGGAAAAAGAGUUUAAGUAUUAUACUCAGAGUGCAGAACAGGAGGUGGCCCCAAUGAAGGAUGUUGUCACACUAAACUGCACAGUUGCAUAUUUGAGUCAGUGUAUGUCAUGGAAUAAGUGCAAAGAGUCGUGUAAAUCAACAGGGGCUCAUAGCUACAGAUGGUUUCAUGAUGGGUGCUGUGAGUGCGUUGGAGAGACUUGCAUCAACUUUGGAAUUGAUGAGAGCAGGUGUUUAAAUUGCCCAAUGAAAAAAGAAGAUGAUGAUGAUGAAGAAGAAGAAGAUGAAGCAGCCUACAUUUAUGAUAAUGAAGAAAAUGAACAUAAGGAGAAAGGAGAUUCUCCCAAGUGAAAUGAGUUAUGAGUGACAAAAGAGGAGAUUCCAGCAGCAGUGAACAUCAAGGCCAGCUACAUGCUGUGCGGAUGUGUUUUACUGACUGAUACUCAAAUGUGAAUAAAAAUUAUGUUUUAUUGUAUGUUCUGGUGUCCUCUGAAGUUGCUAACAGUGUGCAAAUGGAAGGCAAAUGUAAAGACAACAGUAUAUGUUUACAUUGUGAUUUUAAUUAAACAAGCCAACUUCUCCAGACAUAUUCACAUGUAAAGAAUAAUUUGCUUUGUCAGUUGUAUAUGAAUUUAUUACCAUUCUACAUAUAACUCCUUGUGCCAUACGGUGGUCCAGUCAAGAUACAAAUUACUUCUGCCAGCAUUAACAUAUUCUCACCUUGUAACCUGAGUAUGAAGCAAAAUAUCUACAAAAGUUCUCCAGUCAGUCAAAUAGAGGAAGGCUUCACUACAUAAAUAUAUUUUAAGUAAAAUAAAAGAUUAUUGUUGCUUGUUUUACAGAAGCAAGUGCUAUACUUUGAUCAUGGGGGAAUAAACAGAGUAUUCCCUGGAGUGCCAGUAUCUUUCUGAUGCACAUUUUGCAACCUCUAGAAUCCCAUAUUUGCAGAACACUAUAGAAUUAGUUCACCUAUUUUGCAUUAAUAUAUGCAUUGUUUCUAAAGCAGCCUUGGCAGUAAAUGAUUAUGGGCUAAGCAUACUACAAAUGUUUCUAUAAAUGUUACAUCCUGAAAGUAAGUGAUUAAAUGUUACUUUCAUAAA